AUGGGGCAUAAUCUGGGAAUGAGUCAUGACAAACCCACCUGCACAUGUGGAGCCAAUAAGUGCAUCAUGUAUCCAAGUGUCAGCUCUGACGUUCCACUCAAGUUCAGCGACUGCAGCAUAGGUGACCUCAGGAACUUUAUCUAUGAUAGUUACCCGGAUUGCCUGCUGAAUGUUCCAAUCUCAUCACAGAUCUUGUCUCCAGCCGUUUGUAGUAAUAAAUUCACUGAAAGUGGAGAGCAGUGUGACUGUGGGGAAUGUACAGAUACGUGCUGUGAUCCAUACACCUGCAAAUUAAAGCCAGGAUAUGAGUGUAGUGAAGGAGCAUGUUGUCACAAAUGUAAGGUAAGUGCGUAG